AUGACCAUAAUCCUGUUCUUGGUCGACACUUCGGCGUCGAUGAGCCAGCGGACCUAUCUUGGAGCCCGACUCUCGGUCCUCGAUGUGGCCAAGGAUGCAGUCGAACGUUUCCUCAAGAUGCGGCAGAAAGAUCAGGCAUCCAGACAGGAUCGAUACAUGCUCCUUACGUUCGAAGAAAGCCCCGCCAAUAUCAAGGCGGGUUGGAAGGAGAAUCACAUGACGUUCAUGUCAGAGCUCAAGAACCUUCAGGCCACCGGCCUGACGUCGCUCGGCGGUGCUCUGAAGAACGCCUUCGACCUCUUGAACAUGAAUCGCAUGCAGACGGGGAUUGACACAUACGGCCAAGGGCGGUGUCCAUUCUAUCUCGAACCCAGCAUGAUAGUGGUACUCACGGAUGGGAACAAACUGACGUCUCAAUCAGGCGUCUUAGACCAGCUGAAUCUUCCAAUGCACAGUCUAGUUCCUGGCUCGGAGUUAACAAAGGAGCCGUUCCGUUGGGAUCAGAGAAUUUUCUCAUUAGUAUUGAGAAUGGCCGGCACGAUCGCCCCAGUUGCAGGAGGGGAGGUGGUCCCCCCGCCCGACAUCGGGAACCCUGUCAACGAUAUGUGCGAGGUUACAGGCGGCCGCUCGUAUUCCGUAUCGACGCAGCGUCAGCUUCUAUUGGCGAUAGAAAAUCUUGUGCAAUCAGUUCAACCAGGUGUUGUGAUCAAUUUCGAGAAAGUCGGUCCCGAUCCGCCUCCAGUCGGACAAAAUAGCGACAACGACGAAAACUUGCUCCGAAACGGAGUCACGAACCGCCCGUCUCCGACCCCGUUCGGAUCUUCGAAUUCCUCGCAGAACGCGACGACUUCUGUGGGUCCUUCACAGAUUUCACCUCAGGAAAUCAAGGGUUGGCAAACCUGUCGGAAACUCAUCUACGUGCAACGCUCCGCCGUCAAAGGAUACUCGGUGGGUCACUGGCCUAUUCCGGAGUCGUUUUGGCCAGAUCACAACUCGCCUGCUCUCCCACCUCGGACGGCACAUCCUCUCGUACGUUUUUCGUGCGCCGACGCCGAACCGAUGGUCAUCGAGAGCCUACCCUUCGACAAGUAUGAGCUCGAGCCGAGCCCUUUGACGCAGUUCAUCCUCUCGCGGAAGCAACCAAUGGUCGCGUGGCAAGUGUUCGUCGCCAACUCGCACAAGAGCAGCGAUCUCGGAUGUCCGUUCGGUUAUUUGAAAGCGAGCACGACGCUGACGUGCGUCAAUUUAUUCGUGAUGCCCUACAAUUAUCCCGUGCUGCUCAUGUUGCUAGACGAGCUCUUCAAGGUGCAUAGGCUGAAAGCGCCCCCCGAGUGGAGGGACAAAUUCCAAGAAUACCUGCACAACAUGCCUGUGUACUACGCGGGACCGCUGAAGAGAGCCCUACAACGUAUGGGUGCCCCAAAUCUGGUGCCCGAGCAUCUUGAAGGCCAAUGCCUGAACGCGACCGUUGUUUCUCAACUGAAAAAGCUGAAGAAUCAAGCGAAAGCCGAAUUCGAAAAGCUCUGCUCUCUCGUCGGCAACGCGAAACGCCCGGUCACCGAGUCGAUGCGAGUCCUGCCCGGCUUGACGAGGCCUUCCGGCGAAACGCCGAAACUCACCGAACUCAAGCUCACAUAUUCGCCCGCGUUGAAGGAUCGCUUCCUGUCCAUACGCUCGGACCUCAACGAUUUCGGCAAUUUUCAACUAGCCGUCCAAAAGAUCUCUGGCAGACGCGGUGGUCCACAAGGGGACAUGUUCCGGAACCCGUUCGAAAUUCCUCGCUGUCACCUGCUGAACCAAAUUUGGCGAAUGCGCGCGAAUCUCCUGCAUCUAGGGACGAUCCGUCUGCAAGACGACGAUGCCCUGCAUUCGUUGCCCAUCGUCCAGAUGGGUAACUAUCAGGAGCACCUGAAACGGCAGACGCCACCCCUGAGAGAAAUUGAGUCGACCCCCGUCCGACAGCACAUGUUCGGAAAUCCAUUCAAGAUAGAUAAACGAAUGAUGGUCGACGAAGCCGAUGCUCCAGAUCCUGUCGGACUGGCCAACUCCACUUCUGGCUCAGGGUUUAUCAUGAACAGGAAACGUCCAGCCGAUUCGUUAGGCGCAGCUUCACAAGGAAGACCAAAAAGACCGAAAGGUCCUUUGCCCAAGGACCUCAUCCUACGACCGCGAUCUCCGUCGGUGUCGUCCAUGUCUUCCCCGUCAACGUCUCCCAACAGUUCACCGUGUCCUUCACCUUCUCCCGACCAGAGCCCGCACCCGCAGGGUUCUCUGACACUUCAACAGCAAGCGACGCCGAGUUCAUCCCCUCUCGCGGUCGCUCCUUCUGCCUUCCAUAAUCCGGCGCAGGAUCUCAACGGGGAUGCCAGACCGGCGAGCAAUGUCAACAACAACAAUGUCGUCAAGCCGGAAACACUGCCCAUCGAAAUGAAUGGCUGUGCCGUUUUCUCCCCGAUUGGAGCUCUAGCACCGCCUCCGGCACCGGUUGCGCCACCGGCUGCGGUGCCUGUGGUGGCAUCACAGCAUCCACUGAUGCAGCUUGUGCACAACAGUCCCAUCUUGGGCCCUGGUCAGGGAGUCGUUCCCGCCGCAACCGUCGGCGGUGAACUCAACGCACCUUCGUCUCUGCAACAGCCUCCUCCCAACGGCAACGUGGCGCCGUUCUCGCGAACGAAACCCAAGAGCAAACUAUUAAAUGGUUUUUCGGAAGAACCCAAGAAAGAAAUCGUUGUCAUGAGCAGGGAGGACUGCGAAAAACUCACCAAAUCCGCUAUAAAAUGCGUCCGGAGACCUGGCAAAGAUUUCACAGAAUUGUUCAAUCUGCUAUCCAACGCGAAAAGUCAACCAGUUUUCCCGAAUCUCGUCGAGCGGCUCAUAAUCGAGGCGAACAGAUUUAAACGAAAGCAGCUGGCAGAAAUGCUGGCCAAACAGCUGCAGGCACCCCAGCAGCUUGCUGCGCCAAGCAACAACGGCUGCUCACUUUGGAAGAUGGCAUCGCAGGUCAAGAGAUGAUGAAGAUACCAGGCAUUAGGAGCUUUCUGAUAGAGGAACUUAUGUAUAUUUAAGAUA